AUGGCAUGCCUGUAGGGAACCAGACACAAGCAAGUCGUUAUUAGGUUUAAAACUAUUUAAAUAUGGCCACGAAACAGAAUAUGUUCAAAUAGAUUCUGAAUACAACUCAACACUCCACUUCCGUUCCCUUCUCUGGCUCUGGAAUCCUUGUUCGUCUCUUAUUCUUUCCUUCUUUACCUGAGGUUUUAUAGAACCGUCUUCCUGCUAUAUAUCUCUUAAUUAUCUUUAUCUACCCUGAAUUCUCUUAGUGUUCCCUUUUCGCUAUCUUAAUCCUUUUCUCUACAUCUAUACAUACUCAUCAAAACCCAAAGUUUUCAUUCGUACAAAAUAACAAUUCCCUGAGAUUUUUCAGCACCAGCUUUCUCUCUCUAAAUCAUAUACAUCCUAUCUAGUUUCAGGUUUCUGGGAUCCUUCAACGUCAUGGCACGAGAGAUUGGAAAUGUCAUGUAUGAUGAGGAGUUUGUAUUGAAUUCUCGAGGAUUGAAGCUUUUCGCAUGCAAAUGGAUUCCCAUGAAUCAAGAACCAAAAGCCUUGGUCUUUAUUUGCCAUGGUUAUGGCAUGGAAUGCAGCAUCACCAUGAACAGCACGGCGAUUCGGCUUGCAAAGGCAGGUUAUGCAGUUUAUGGUUUAGAUUAUGAAGGGCAUGGAAAAUCAGCCGGUUUACAAGGCUACGUGGAAAACAUGGAUUACGUUAUCAAUGACUGCUCUAGUCAUUUUACAAGUAUAUGUGAGAAGCAAGAGAACAAGGAGAAGAUGAGAUAUUUGUUAGGAGAGUCCAUGGGAGGAGCAGUCGCUUUGCUCAUACACAGAAAGAAGCCAGAUUUUUGGGAUGGUGCUGUAUUGGUGGCACCCAUGUGUAAGAUUGCAGAUGAUAUGAAGCCACCUCAAUUGGUAAUCACUAUUCUAAGAAAGCUUUGCAGUAUCAUUCCAACUUGGAAAAUAAUCCCAACCAAAGAUAUCGUGGAUAUUGCCUUUAAGGUACCUGAAGUGAGACAACAGGUCAGAGAAAACCCUUACUGCUACAAAGGGAAACCUCGCUUGAAGACCGGGCAUGAACUUCUAAGGACUAGCUUAGAUCUUGAGCAGAGGCUUCAGGAAGUGUCAUUGCCGUUUAUAGUUCUGCAUGGUGAAGCAGAUAGAGUGACAGAUAAAUCUGUCAGCGAGCAACUCCUCAGGGUGGCUUCAAGUUCAGACAAGACCAUCAAGUUGUAUCCUGAGAUGUGGCACGGUCUCCUUUAUGGAGAACCAGCAGAAAAUAGUGACAUUGUUUUUAAAGACAUUAUCGACUGGUUGGAUAACAGGGCUGAUCGUGGAAAUACAAGACUGGAGAGGGAGCAAAAACACAGGCAUGAUGAUUUUUCCAAGUCUAAAUAAGAGCAGGAAAUUCAGUGGUGGUGAUCUUCCCCUGGGCAAGAUUUAGUUCUUCAAUUCUAUGAGUGCGAGGUGGAAUUUCCAUUACAAAAACAGUACAUCCCAAAUGAUGACUUGAUAAUAUUUAUCAAUAAACUGUUCCACGUAAAGGCUAAAGUGAGCUUAGAAGUAAGAACUGUGAGAUACAUAGGGGCAUUUAAUAACAUAAAAUGGCUUCGGGAAAUUCAUUCAUUACGCCUGCACAUCCUCUGUACGAAAAGUUUGUUUUACAGAAAGCUUUCUAAUUUAACAGUGA